AUUAAACCUUGACACGAUUUGCUUGGAGACUUUUAAACGCCUUGAACUUGAUCCAACUCUCGUCCUUUCCAAAAUAACAAAAAAAUCGAAACAAAUCGAUUAUUGAAUUCUCCGAUAAAUUGAAUCUUAUCAGAAAAACCAAACUGAUAGUUAUUAUCUAGUAUCAUUUAAACAUCAUCCUUCACCUUCGACGGAACGCAUGAAAAGACCGCUCAUUUUAAGGUCAUUUUUUUUAAUUUCAAGAUUCACUUGCACUUCUUUUUCAAUACGUUCGAAUUGUUGUUUGUUUCCCUCCACUCCUUCAGGGCCGAAUCGAAAACACGAAUUCCCUCGAUACAAACGUCGUUUAUACUUCUUCGCGGAUGCUUUCAAAGCGAGAGCGACUAAAGAAAAUGGACAUCGAGUUGCAGCAUUACAGACAAAGAUUCGAUUGGGAUUGCGGCAUCUCCUGUGUUCUCAUGCUGCUGAAUGAAGCGGAUCGUCAACAGUUUCUGGACAAUUUUCAAGAGAUCUGCGAGUACGAAAAAUUCGGUGAAAGCACUUGGACCAUAGAUCUCUGCUAUUUACUAAAUAGAUAUAAUGUGAAGCACAUGUUCUACACUGUAACGUAUGGAGUGCGGAAGGCCUACAAAUGCAACGUUUUCUAUAAGAAUGUGUACAUAAAAGAUGAAGUGCGAGUGAAUCGAAAGUUCGAGGAGGCGCCAAAACAAGGCAUCACCAUCAAACAGGAUCGAGUGAACCUGGAGGACAUCCUCACGCACCUUGCGAGCUCGAACCCCAUCCUGAUCCUUGUGAACGCGAAUUCGCUGCGCUGCGUCUUCUGCGACAAAACCGAAUGGUUGGACAGCACCUAUUUAGGUCACUACAUCGUCCUCUGCGGCUUCGACUGCUUCCAACAGCUAAUUCAUUAUAGAAACCCGGCGAAAACGAACCAUGUUUGCAGCGCCAACUUCGAUUGUUUUGAGGAUAGUCGGACUUGUUUUGGAACGGACGAGGAUGUUAUAUUUGUAUAUAGGAAAUGAAAGACGAAAUCUGUGAUUCAUUA